GUUACAUACAAUUUUUAAAUUAUGGAACGUUUAUAUUUAAAUAACCAUAAUGCUAUUUUUAACGUACAAAUAUAUUAGAUUUAUCUUCUUCAUAUUCACAUUUAGUAAUUUUAAUUUAACUGUAUCAAUUAACAUUAAAAAAAAUAAAACGCUCCGUAGUAAUAUUGGAAUAUUAAAUAACAGACUUUUAUUUAUUAGAACUCCCAGAAACAGGUUUUUGACAGCUGGAUUCCUUAACCCAUUCCUUUAUAAAUCUUCUUUUGAUGUUGAUUCCAUCAACGGCUUGGAAUCUUUAAACGAUUUUUCCAAAACAAAGGCUAAAAAUAAUAAUUUUGGAUAUGAAAGCGAUUUUGUAGAUUACUAUAAGAUUCUCUCACUUGACAAAUCAUGUUCUCAUGACGAUAUUGUUGAUAAAUAUAAUAACAUAAAUGAGUCUUUGAACACACUUCCAAGUGUUGAUCCUAAACUUAGGUCGGAUGUGGAUUUGGCAUAUAAAGUUCUUUCUGAUGAAAGUAGUAGAAAGGAUUAUGAUAAGUUAUAUGAUGACUAUAAUCAGAGAACUACUGCUUACUACGUCGAUUCAAAAUUUGAUGAUGAAACAGAUCAUUACGACGAUGACACAUCGGAUGAAAUUGAAAUUUCCAUCAUAAAUGAUGACGAUUCACCUGAGUUAUCACUAGGCUUGGGUAAUAACAUAUUUGGCAACUUUUUCUCAAAUCUUUUUGGAUUAAGUAAGCCUACUGUUAAGAGAACGAAGCAGAGUAAAGUGAGAACGAAUUCAAGGCUUGACUUAACGUGUGAAGCUGAUGUUGAUUUAAAAACACUUUUAAUGGGAGGAAAUGUUACAAUACCAGUACAUAAAUGGGAAAAUUGCAAUUUUUGUAAUUAUAAUGACGAUUCUAUGAAUGAAUUCAUAGACCAAUGUAAUGUUUGUAAAGGACAAGGAAUGGAAACUAAAGAGAAGAGAACCAAGAACGGAUUUUUUAGAAGUUCAAGAACAUGCACAAAGUGUAGAGGAACAGGAUAUCAAAGAUUAAAGGACUGCAAUAAAUGUGAUAAUACUGGAAGAGUUCUCAAAGAUUCUACGGUUAAAGUGAAUGUGCCUGUUAAUUCAAAAUCGGGAUCAACAAUAAAGAUUAGGGGAAAAGGACAUUCAGGUGGUUUUCACCUAAGGGACGGUGACCUGUAUGUUAAAUUGAACGUGAAAAGCACCAAUGAAGAAUAUAUUCAUGGUAAUAGAAUUGUUACUGUUUGUAAUAUUCCAUACACAAAAGCUAUUCUGGGAGGGAAGAUUAAAGUAAGAACGUUUAGCGGAGAACAUGAGAUAGAAGUACCAUCAUGUUCACAGCAAGGUGAUGAGAUUAAAGUAGGGAAAUAUAAUAACAUGGAUCACUAUAUCAAGCUUAAUGUGCAACUACCAAAAACUUUGUCGAAAGAUCAAAAGGAUUUACUGGGUAAAAUUGAUGAAAACUAAAUUUAAUGUGUCGAUUUAUGUUA